UGGGGGUGGGGGUGGGGGUGGGGCUGGGGCUGGGUUUUUGUGGAAAUCCCGGCGCUCUCCGAUGGAGCCACGCGUCGGCAACAAGUUCCGGCUCGGCCGCAAGAUCGGCAGCGGAUCGUUCGGAGAGAUCUACCUCGGUGCGAAUAUCCAGACGAACGAGGAAGUCGCGAUUAAGCUUGAAACUGUCAAGACAAAGCAUCCUCAGUUGAUGUACGAAUCAAAGUUGUAUAAAAUACUUCAGGGAGCAACUGGUAUUCCAAAUGUAAGAUGGUUCGGUAUCGAAGGGGACUACAAUGUACUCGUGAUGGAUUUACUGGGACCAAGUCUGGAAGAUUUAUUCAACUUUUGUAGUAGGAAAUUUUCCCUUAAGACUGUUCUCAUGCUCGCUGAUCAAAUGAUGAAUCGCAUUGAAUUUGUUCAUUCUAAAUCAUUUCUUCAUCGAGAUAUUAAGCCAGACAAUUUCCUCAUGGGUUUGGGUAGGCGUGCAAAUCAGGUUUACAUUAUUGAUUUUGGUCUUGCAAAGAAAUACAGGGACACUUCAACUCAUCAACAUAUCCCCUACAGAGAAAACAAGAAUUUAACGGGAACAGCCAGAUAUGCUAGCAUGAAUACUCACCUUGGGAUUGAGCAAAGCCGUAGAGAUGAUUUAGAAUCACUUGGAUACGUUUUGAUGUACUUUCUCAGAGGAAGCCUACCCUGGCAGGGGUUGAAAGCUGGGACAAAGAAGCAGAAAUACGAAAAAAUCAGUGAAAAGAAAGUUUCAACUUCUAUUGAGGCAUUAUGCCGGGGUUAUCCUACAGAGUUCGCAUCAUACUUCCAUUACUGUCGGUCGUUGCGAUUUGACGACAAACCAGAUUAUGCUUAUCUAAAGAGACUGUUCCGUGAUCUCUUCAUCCGUGAAGGCUUUCAGUUUGACUAUGUCUUUGAUUGGACCAUUUUGAAGUAUCAGCAAUCUCAGAUUGCCACUCCUCCUUCCCGUGCUCUGGGCAAUGGAGCUGGUCCAAGUUCUGGCAUACCUCCGGCUGUUAAUAACACAGAGAGGCAAUCAGGUGGCGAAGAUGGUAGACCUGCUGCAUGGUCUCUGGGAGAUCCAUCUCGUCGGAGGCACUCUGGACCAAUUGUGACUUCUGGAAGUUUAUUGAAGCCAAAGAAUCCAGUUGCAAAUGAUUCUGUCACAUCUAAAGAAGCUCUGUUUUCUAGUUCCACUAUCUUGCGGUCAAUCAGUUCAUCAAGGAAGCCUGCAGUUUCUGGCAGUCGGGAUACUGGGAUUCUCGGGACUGAGUUGGAUGCCUCUCACCGUCGUACCACAGAUGUGAGCCCAGCAGUCAAUCAUAAAUUUUCCAGUGCCCAAAGAAAUUCACCUGUUGGAUCAUCAGAGCAGAAGCAGGCUUCUAGUAGAAAUGCCUCAAACAUAAACAAUUUUGAGUCCACCCUGAGAGGGAUAGAGAGCUUGCAUUUCAACAAGGAGAGGUUGCAGUAUUAGCAACGUUGAAGCUCGAUAUCACCACCCGUUGUAAAUCCGUUCAUGGUAUAAUAUUCGUGCACUGAGUUUGUGAAGUCUGUUUUAUCCUGCUGGGGGGGUUCCAACUGUAGCUACACAAUAAAGACCAUGCUCUAAGUGAAUCCCUUGAUUAACCCAGCUUGGUCUGUAAGAGUUUCUACCAUUCCAACUCAGUUGUAUUACAUGGUUUAACAGUUAUUUUAACCUCUGCUUUGAAUCAUGGUUUGAGGAGUGUCGUAAAGUCCAGGUUGAAACCGUCUGUACACGUUCCUUCACAUUAUCGAGAUGAAGAGCAUGUCAUGCUCUGUCAAGAAGCUGAAUAGAAUUUUAUGACAUUACUUUUGGAA